GUAUGGACUUGGACACCGGUCUAUAAAAGGUGGCAACCAAUGCACAAAUGUUCAAAGCUAAGCCCCGCUAUAAUCAAAGAGAAGUCUCGGUUGUGAAACGAUGGCGUCGUCGCCUCUUUCCGGCAAGCUCGAGUUCGACGUAGAAACCGACGCGACUCCCGAACAGUUCCACCAUAUUUGGGCACACAGGCCUCACCAUGUGCACCACACCAACUCUGAGAAAGUACAAUCAUGUGAUUUACACGAAGGCGAAUUCGGGAAGCCCGGUGCCAAAAUUUUCUGGAAAUAUGCUCUUGAUGGAAAGCCGAAAACAGUGAAGCACGUUGUCGAUUAUGACCACGACAACAAGUCGAUAGUGUUCGCGAUGCUCGAAGGUUCUCUGAUGGAGGAAUACAAGAGCUUCGUGGUUACUAUUCAAACUCUCCCCAAGAAGGAUGGUAAAGGCUGUGUAGCGCACUGGAUCGUGGAAUACGAAAGGCUGCACGAGGGGAUCGGACACCCCGAGAGUAUGCGCCAGUUCUUCAUCGAACUCGCCCGCGAUGUCGGUGCUCACCUCGUAAAAGAAGAAUAACUCAACGCUUACUAAAUGAAAAAACUCAUGUUGAAAUCGUGUGUUGUUUAUGUUGAAGUAUCGAUGUAAGAGUAAAGUUGGGAUCUUUGUUUCGUGUUUAUUAAGGCUGUAAGAG